AUUUUAAAUUGGUUACAUUCUUUUUCCAUAAACAUCCUUCCGCAGCAAGCAUUCAGCCAUUUCUUUUAUCAUAUUUAACAGAGCAGAUUCCAGAGUAAAAUCAGAAAAUCUUAAAUAAAUAAUACUUGAAAGUAGAAAUGGCCGAACAUUUAAAUGUAGCAACCGGUGCAGUUAAAGACGAAGAAACUGAGACACCUCGCAUUAAUAAUUUUGCACAAAAAUUUCUAGCUGACCUCAACGAGGAGCGAGAACGGCUUGGUGCUGAAUUUCCUUUGUGUGCUUUGUUAAUUGAUGAAGCCUUUGAACGUGUUUAUUCUACUGGACGAGUGCCCGGCAGAGAGUUUUAUGCGGAUGUGUACCAACAAAAGCCAAUAAAAGUUACGCAGAAAGUUUUCGUGCCUGUUAAACAAUUUCCUAAGUUUAACUUUACUGGAAAAAUUCUUGGACCUAAGGGUAAUUCACUUCGCCGCUUACAGGAGGAAACUCAAUGUAAAAUUGUUAUAAAGGGCCGAAAUUCCAUAAGAGAUCGUGCAAAGGAGGAGGAGAUGCGUGAGUCCGGAGAUCCUCGAUUUACACAUUUGCACAAGAGUUUGUUUGUAGAAAUCAGUACUAUAGCACCACCUGCGGAAUGUUACGCACGAAUUGCCUAUGCUUUGGCAGAAAUACGUAAAUACCUAGUACCAGAUAAGAAUGAUGACGUUUCACAUGAGCAGCUGUUGGAACUAAUGGAAAUAGACCCCAAGUCGGCUAAACAGUACACGAAGUCUAUUCAUGAAAAGAGGAUGGCUGCCGGGCCGAGUUCAUACAAAUUUUUCAGUGUUGCUCGCCAUGGAAAACAGCAUGAAAUUUAUGAACACGAAGAGUCUGAAGAAGAAGUUUACGAAUAUGAAAGUCAUGUUCCAAAACGUGCACCCGCCCAAGCUUAUGAAUAUGUAAAAGCACCUUAUAAACGUCCACCCACCGCCAUAUAUGGAACUGAAUUAAAGCGCACGCGCGACACAACUAUCAAAUCUUAUAAACCACCAUCAUUUGGAAUUACUAAGAAAUAUAAAUAAAAAUAAGUCCUAAUAAUAAAACUGUUAAAGAAAUGCUAAUAAUCGAAUCCCAAAAUAUAACAGUGUAUAACGUAUACAUAACUGGUAUAUGAAAAUGUAAAUGGCUAUAACAAUACCAAUAACCACGCAAAGGUGGGCAUAAAAUGUAAAACAAAAAUGGUCUAAUCUAUUGAGCCAACAUAACCGAAAUAUGAAAUAUAAUUACGUACAUAUAACACCUAAUAAACCUAAUAAACGUAUUGUUUAUCGUUGCAUUAAAUAUAUACAUACCUACCUACUAAAAUCAGAAUUUAGUUUCUUUUUACAGCUAAUGACGUAAGUAUGGGUGCCCUAAGAAAUGCAUCAAGCCAAAGCAUCAGUCUCUUUAACUUCUAAACUACAACUGAUGGAAAUGCCUUAUUUACGCAAUUACCUUCUAAUUAUGAAUUUAACCGUGGUUACGCACAUUGGGCAUUCCCAUCAAUUACCGUUUAGAAAUAAAAGCGUCUGAUGCUUUGGCAUGAUGCAUUUCUGAACACAUCCAUGAUAACUUGUUUGUAACGUUUAUUCCACACGAAGUCCAAAUAAAUGUCGCACAAAAUAA